AUGAAGUGUGACGCAAAGUUCUAUGCAAGACUCGACCUAUCUAAUACUAUUACAUUAUACACGAUUUCUCUUCAGUACCGGAACGAGGAAUUGAAUAUUCUGUGUAUCAGGUUAGGUACUAACAGGGCAUUUCUUUCUGUGUUACAGGUGAUCCUGGUGCCUCACAGUCACACUGACCCAGGAUGGCUGAAAACGUUCGAACAGUAUUUCCACAGCUCCACCAGGAGCAUAUUGAACAACAUGGUCUCGAAGCUUCAGCAGUGGCCCAAUAUGACCUUCAUCUGGAGCGAAGUAUCCUUCUUGUCACUGUGGUGGGAAAGGUGA